AGCCAGCUUAGCUUCUGUUGAACACCUAUCCUGAAUUCAUUAUCUAGCCUUCAGCGACAUAGCUUAGUCAUACUUGGCGUUGUCUACACAAAUUACAACCCUAAUGAAAACGGUGCUGCAGUACACCAUGCAAUUAGUAUGUACAGCUACUAGCACCACGACAUGUUUAUAAAUCUGUAAACAAAAUGUUAAGGGAACAACUGAUUUGAAAAUGUGAAAUGUUCUAUUAUUCUCGUGUGUGUGGACAGAUAUUGGCCCAUGCUUCUGUAUCUUGAGUGUUUUUGUUAAUGAAGUCUAGGGCUGGGCAAUAUGGACAAAUACAUAAUACAAAAAUAAUAUCGGUGUUUUAGGCUGAAAUAUACACGAAGUGGGUUACAUUUUCAGUUGCAAAUCGAAGCCACAUGUGAAAUGUCAAGAGCACUUAUUAAAACAAUCUAAUCAAAAUAAAUUGCGAGGACAGGGUUUCCUCAAUGCAUUGCAAGACAAUCAUCAACAAAAAUCUAUCUGUGUAACUGAAGAAGGUUACAAAAAAGGCUAAAAGCAGGCAUUAUGGUGUCAGUUUCACAGAAUCUUAGUUUAGUGCCUCUUUAAGAACACUCUUAUCCCAGCCAGACACAAAGUAAGUAUAGCCCAUUUUGAUGGAAUGCCCUCUUACUGCCAGUUAUUAUUGCGUUUCAUGACCGCCAUAUGUAGCCGCAUCGAUAUGAAUAGUGCAAUAGGUUUUGAUUUUGCAUUAUUUUCUUCUCUAAGUAAUAGACCUAUUUUAAGCACUAGCUAACAGUUACCUAAUUAGACCUGUUGCUGGUGCCCAAGUUAACAACUUUUUGAGCAAUACUUUACCACAAACUUAAUGUUAGAACUUAAUUUAGUGUCCUUGCCAUCCAUCACGGAAGAUGCAAGUUAAAUUUUAAAUAGUGAUGAUCAGUCCCUUCUUAACUGGACAACUGCGCCAGAUAUUUUGGUGAUAGUUGAUGAUAUGAGAGACGGCUACAAUAUAGGAUCUGAGCUGUUUUGCGGCGGGAAAUACACAGGAAAACUACCAAAAGAUACAGAUUGUGGGUGAGUGGUUCCAAAGUGGUUGGAGCCCUUGUAUAGUUAGCUGGCCAGCUAAUCAUGCACUGUUUAACAGCAAACUGAACCUCCACGUUCUCAUGUGUUGACUGGCAGAGGUAACAGCGAGAGGCAACACGCUGAUGAUGGAGAAUGGACAGAGCACGGGCUCUAAACUUGGGCUGCCGCCCCUCACACCCGAACAACAGGAGGCGCUGCAGAGGGCAAAGAAAUAUGCCAUGGAGCAGAGCAUUAAGAGUGUGCUGGUGAAGCAGACCAUAGCCCAUCAGCAGCAACAGCUAACCAACCUGCAGAUGGCAGCAGUGACAAUGGGCUUUGGAGAUCCUCUCUCACCUUUGCAAUCGGUGGCAGCACAGCGGCAGCGGGCCCUGGCCAUCAUGUGCCGCGUCUACGUUGGCUCCAUCUACUACGAGCUGGGCGAGGACACCAUCCGGCAAGCCUUCGCACCCUUUGGCCCCAUCAAAAGCAUUGACAUGUCCUGGGACUCAGUCACCAUGAAACACAAGGGCUUUGCCUUUGUUGAGUAUGAGAUCCCCGAGGCGGCUCAGCUCGCUCUGGAGCAGAUGAACUCGGUCAUGUUGGGGGGCCGCAACAUCAAGGUGGGGCGGCCAAGUAACAUCGGCCAGGCGCAGCCCAUCAUUGACCAGCUGGCAGAGGAGGCGCGUGCCUAUAACCGUAUCUACGUGGCGUCUGUGCACCCGGACCUUUCGGACGACGACAUCAAGAGUGUCUUCGAGGCCUUUGGCAAAAUCAAGAGCUGCAUGCUGGCACGGGACCCCAAUACCGGCCGCCACAAGAGCUACGGCUUCAUCGAAUAUGAGAAACCACAGUCGGCCCUGGAUGCUGUGUCCUCCAUGAAUCUGUUUGACUUGGGUGGGCAGUAUCUGCGAGUAGGCAAGGCUGUGACCCCGCCCAUGCCCCUAUUGACGCCAACCACCCCGGGAGGGUUGCCCCCUGCUGCAGCUGUGGCCGCUGCUGCUGCCACAGCCAAGAUCACCGCUCAGGAGGCCGUGGCAGGAGCAUCCGUAUUAGGUUCUCUGGCAAGCCCUGCCCAGAUCCUCAGCCAACAGAUGGGACUCCCACAGGCUGUGCUGGCAGCCCAGGCCCCCGGCCUCAUCACAGGAAUAACAUCCUUAGCAUCCUUUUCCUCCCUCACAGGAGUGACCCCUGCCCGGCCUACUCUGCCUGUAGUGCCCCAGGUGGGGCUGGUAAACCCGGUACUUGCAACUCCGCCUGUCACGUCAGUACUCGCUGCUGUUGCCACAGCGACAGCGGCCAGUCUACCCGCAGAGGCGAAGAAGGACGCAGAGGAGGCACGUAGUGGGGAUCAGGACGACCAACCGCAGCAGGAUGGGGCUGGACAGGAGAACUUGAGCGACCAGGAGCACCUGAGCAUUUCUGGAAGCAGUGCACGACAUAUGGUCAUGCAGAAGCUGCUUCGCAAGCAAGAGUCGAGCGUUAUGGUCCUGCGGAACAUGGUGGGCCCAGAGGACAUUGACGACGACCUGGAGGGAGAGGUAACGGAAGAGUGUGGCAAGUUUGGCGCUGUUAACCGGGUCAUCAUCUACCAGGAGCGGCAAGGCGAGGAAGAUGACGCCGAGAUCAUCGUCAAGAUCUUUGUGGAGUUCUCAGAGGCGGCCGAAAUGAACAAGGCCAUUCAAGCCCUUAACAACCGUUGGUUUGCAGGUCGCAAGGUGGUUGCUGAGGUCUACGAAUAUGAGCGGUUCAACAAUAGUGACCUGUCCGCAUAAACUCUCUUAGGAAAAACAAAAAUGACGGCCGAUGCCGAAAAUUUCCCAUACCCAUCCUCUCCUGAUGGCCGUUGCUCAAACUCGCCCAGCCGAAGUCACUGCUGCUAGAGAUUUGAGCCUCUUUUAAACGUGUAAUUAUUUUUUUAUUGAUGUUAAUAUUAUUGAUGAUCCCCUUCACCGGGAUUGGCAAAGAAAAGAAUACGUGCGCCUCAUGGAUUUUUUUUUUUUUUCUUGUACUGGUCACGUACUGUGAAGGUUUUUUUUUUCUUUGUUUUUUUUUUAUGUUGCCGGUUUUUGUUUUCUAAUUGAGAAAGAAGUUAAGGUUUGCUCCUCCCUCUUCACUUCUUGUCUUUAUUUUCUUUUAUUUUCUUUCUUUUUUACGAAUGCCAGCAUUUUGUCCACUAGCAUUGUGUUAACUCAGAACGUUGUGUACUGAGUAUUUAGAACUAUUGGUUCCAGGUUUCCCAGAACAAUAAAUUCUCAAAUAUGUAAA